AUGGAAGCCUACAUAGAUGACAUGGUAGAAAAAAGCAAGCUCGCUAUAAACCACUUUAUAGACUUGAAAGAAGUUUUUAGUAUCCUAAAAAACCAUAAGCUUCGCCUUAAUGCCUUGAAAUGCGCUUUCGGGGUAGGAACAUGGAAGUUCUUGGGGUACAUGGUGACUCACAGAGGAAUCGAGGCAAAUCCGGAUCAAAUCAAAGCAAUACAAGAGCUUGAAGUACCAACAAAGGCUAAAGAGCCACAGAAGCUGGCUGGAAUGACAGCCGCCUUGAAUCGGUUGAAAAGGGAACAAAGGCCAGUAUACAAUGUUAGCAAGACUCUACUAGAUGCCGAGAUACGGUACCUACCCCUGGAAAAGCUAGCUUUUGCACUACUCAUCGCCUCGAGGAAGCUGCAACAUUACUUUCAGGGUCACACCAUCAAUGUCCUCACCGAAUUUCCCUCCGAUCUGUCUUCAGCCGAGCUGAUUUCUUCGGCCGAACAACGAAAUGGGCGGUUAAACUUGCUCUAUAUCGACGGAUCAUCCAAUAACCAAGGAUCGGGAACAGGGGUAGUACUUAUGUCACCGGAAGGAUUUAUCGGGGAACAAGCUCUUAAGCUUGGUUGGAAGGCUUCUAACAAUGAAACGGAGUACGAAGCACUGUUAGCUGGUCUACGCAGUGUCGAACACUUCAGUGCAAAGCAACUUCUGGUUUUUAGUGAUUCUCAGUUGGUUGUUAACCAGCUCACUGGGAUCUAUGAAACACGAGAUGAGAGAAUAGCUAUGUACGCAAACAACGCCAAGGAUCUACUUAAAAGUUUCGAUCCAUACGAGUGGAACGAAUCAGUCGGGAUAGAAAUAACCAUGCUGAUGCUCUGGCCUGCCUCGGCUCUUCAGUAG